UGUUAGAUGUCCACCAAUCUAGAAUUAAUUUAUGCUAACACUAGCAAAAUAAAGAGGUGGGACUCCUGAUUGACGUAGCAUCAGCUUUUAAUAGCCACCAACUAUCAUUUACCUAGCAUGUUAUUGGAAUAUUUACAUCAACAUUUAUUAUGAUGGAAAAUGCCCAUACGGUUCGCCUGGGUUUUGGGAGGGAGCAGGGUGCAUGAAUACCUCACCAACAAGAGCUGCUCUGCAUUUCAUCAUUUUUGAAGGUUCACAACAAUAGAGGUCCAAAAGAUCAGACCGCCUCUUCAUCUCCCACUACCAGCUUAUGCUCAUCAAGGCCCGAGUCAUAACAGCUUCAAUUUGUGACUGUCUUCUGCUCAUACGCAUCAAGGCCCCUGAGUCAUAACAGCUUCAAUUUGUGACUGUCUUCUGCUUAUGCUCAUCAAGGCCCGAGUCAUAACAGCUUCAAUUUGUGACUGUCUUCUGCUCAUACGCAUCAAGGCCCCUGACUCAUAACAGCUUCAAUUUGUGACUGUCUUCUGAGACUUGGUUGAAAGUUCGGAAAUGGCUCAAAUAGAUAUCCCAAGUAGUAGCAGCCACAAAGGGGGAAAAAAACAUUAUGGUGAUGGAAAAGGUGGAGAGCAAACUUGGCUUACCAAUAUAAAGAGCACAUUCAAGAAUUUUUCUCAAAUGUGGCGUGUGUCAGAAAAGGUUUGCAUAUAUAGAGUGUCUAAAUCAAUAACAAAAUAUAAACCAGAAGUUUAUAUUCCUUUAGUUGUGUCAUUUGGGCCGUACCAUCACAAGGCUAAUCAUGAAUUAUCUAGGAUGGAUGAACAUAAAUUGGAAGCAGUUAAUAGAAUGUUGAUAAGAUUGGGUACAAAGGAUGUGGCAAAAUUGAUUGGAGAGAUUCAAAGGUUAGACCCUAAAAUUAGAGAGUGCUAUGAAGAACCAAUCAAUAUGGACGGAGAAACAUUAUCUUGGAUGUUUGCAAUGGAUGCUUGCUUUAUUCUGGAAUUUUUGAGAAAAUGGGAUGACAACUAUUUCAGUCUUAUUUUUCAAACAGGUUCAAAAGAAAAUUCGAUGUUUCGUGCUAUCCUUGAUGAUAUUAAGAAAUUGGAAAACCAAAUUCCUUUAUUUAUUCUCAUAACUCUACUACAGUUAGAAUAUGGAACCUAUGAGCGUGCAACAACAGAGUUAGCUGACCUGUUGAGUGGGUUCAUUGACUUCAACGGAUUUCCGCUCUUUCCAUUAUCCUAUCGUGACGGUUUUAAAAAAUUGAAGGCACUUAUAUCGACUCAACCACCGCCAUGCCAUCUAUUAGAUUUGAAUAGAAUGCUGAUUAAGGAUAUGUUAACAAAUCCAAAUACAGAAUCAGUUAUUGCUAGAGGGACAAAUCCAAAUGCAGAAUCAGUUAUUGCUAGUAGGACAAAUCCAAAUGCAGAAUCAGGUACUGCUGGUGAACCUAACCAUGGACUGUGCGGGUGGUUUAGGAAUGUGGGACUACCUGGUUGGAUGCAACGACCCAGCAGCAAUUCUUACCGAGAAAAUCCUCUUAUUGAAAGAAGAUCUAGCUCAGAUGUCGAAUCUCUCGAUAAUAGCAGGUCUACUCCAUGUGCCGAAUUGUUAACAAAUCCAAAUACAGAAUCAAGUAUUGACAGUGUGAGAAAUUCAAAUGUAGAAUCAGGUACUGCUGGUGAACCUGAUCAUGGACGGUGUAGCUGGUUGACAAAUGUGGGACUACGUGGUUGGAUGCAACUACCCAGCAUCAUUCCUUCCCCAGCACUUCCUUCUCGGGAUAGCAGAGCUGCCUCACAUUGUGAAACUCUCGAUGAUAGUAGGUCUACUCCUUGUGCCGAAUUAUUGCACAAGGCUGGUAUCAAAUUUGUGCCAGGCAAUUUGGGAUUUCAAAAGAGAAGGUUUGGAAAGGCUAUGCUUUCUUUCCCUCGAAUCGUAGUAAUGGAUAGCACAGAAAUAAGUUUGCGGAACUUGAUGGCUUAUGAAGACUGUCAAAUGUGCUCGUGGUCCCCAGAAAAGACGAUAAUUUCACAUUUUAUACGCCUCUUAGAUGAUUUAAUUGAUUCCGAGAGAGAUGUUUCUCUACUUCGUAAAGCUCGAAUUAUUCAGAGCUGGGUCGGUAGUGAUGAGGAUACAGCCCGUAUGAUCAACGGUCUUUGUGACGGAAUCAUAUUUAGUUCAAUUAAAGAUUUUGAGUUGGUGAUGGAAAAAGCGCGAGAUCAUUAUAAGAGCCAAUGGAAGGUGUGGAUCAGCCAGUUUCAGCAUGAACAUUUUUCAAAGCCAUGGUAUGUUGUCUCCAUUCUGGCGGCCACAGCUCUUCUGGUUAUGACUUUUAUUCAAACACUGAAUUCAGGUAAGAAGUAAACCUGAUUUGUUAUUAAGAUGUUCACUAAAUACCUGUGGCAUAGAAGCAUUAUUUGAAUGCUUGUAUGCUCAUAAUUAUUGGAUGCAAGUUUUAUGGGUGAACCUUUGUUAGGACUAAAAUGUCAGUUUUCUUUCAGUUUCUUUUAUCUUUACUUUUAGCUUGUAUUACAUAUACAACUAGUUGCAUGGUCUGCAUGCAACAAUAAGAUAGGCAUGGCAUUUCUUUGUAGGGAGGGGUAAAUGCUAGUCGUUUAUCUUUGAAUUUUUUAUUUGUCUAUUGUAGCAACAAGUGAUAUAUGCGAU